UUCUAAGACAAGACUUAUCUUGUCACUCUCACCUCAUCCAUUUAGAAUAUCAUCCAAAGACCGUGGUUUUUGGGUGGCUGACAGUUCACUCGUCAAUUGUGUAAUUUGAGCUUGCUUUUGUUCGGCAAGAACCAAACUUCUCUCCAACGAAAUUCCACAUCCAUUCCAGCAUUUGCAACGGUUUGUAGUAUACUCCUUGAUUCCGACAGAUAGGAAGCAAACAUCUCUUCAAGCUUUUUUUGGAGUGUCUAGAUUACGUUGAGAAGGAGACCAAGUGCAACGUCUAGUCAGCUAAAUCCAUUCUAGAGGCCACUGCAGCAAUCUGUGGGCGUCUUUGUAGUAGGCGAUUUUCCACCUGCAAUUAAUCUUGCAAUGGUUUCUUCUACAAGUGAAGUUGUCAGCCUCUGUCGUGCCCUGCUUCGAGCGGGGCGUCAGUACCCUCAUUACAACUUGAGGGAGUACACUAAGCGAAGGACUUUGUUGGAUGGCUUCCGCAUGAACAAGAAUCUCACUGACCAAUCCAAGGUGAAUGAGGCUUAUGCUGAAGCUAAGGCACAACUUGUGGUUUUAGAGAGGUCGGUCAAGCUUUACUCCUUAUAUCCUCCCAAGACCAAGAACAUCAUGGAAGUCUAAGCUUCAGUAGAGAUGUAUGUUUUUGUCAUUUAAAUAUCUAUCCUCCAAAGCUAUUUGAUUUGCCAUAUUAUUAUUGGUCAUGUUGGAACUACUUCAUAUUAAUUGUGUUUUGAUAAGAGGUUUUGGCUAGAAUAUGAUUGAUGCAUUAUUAUUGGUGUUUGUAUGGGAUUGUGAAUUACUCUAUUUUAUAGUUCGAGAU